AUGGAAGCCUUAACAGCAAAUAUUAAGAAGGCAGAAAAUGAUAAAAGGUUAACAGGAAUAAAGGUGGCAAGGGCAUGCCCGUCAAUAUCUCAUAUGUUGUUUGCGGAUGAUAGUCUUUUCUUUUGUAGAGCGCAGAAGGAAGAGUGCCAGGCAAUUUUGGUAAUUCUUAAAGAAUAUGAAAAGGUUUCGGGUCAACAGAUUAAUUUCGAGAAAUCGUCAAUCCAGUUUAGUCAUAAGAUCGAUGAGGAUACCCGUCAGGAGCUUAGGGAUAUCUUGGGAAUUCAAAACCGAGGAGGCAUGGGAACUUACUUAGGAAUCCCAGAGAGUUUAGGCGGGUCUAAGGUUCAUGUUUUUGGUUUUGUACAGGAACGUUUGAACAACAGAGUAAACGGAUGGACUUUUAAAUUUUUUACGAAAGGGGGAAAAGAGAGUCCCAGUGGAAACACAAAGGGUUUACAUUGGAAAUCCUGGGACAAGGUUUGUCUACAUAAGGAUGAUGGAGGGCUGGGGUUUAGAGAUCUUACGGAUGUCAACACAGCCAUGCUUGCAAAACAAUUAUGGAGAUUCAUAGAGAAACCAAAUUCUCUAUUUUCUCGAGUCUUCAAAGGUCGGUAUUUCAGGAACACUUCACCCCUGGAACCGGCCAGAUCGUAUUCGUCCUCCUAUGGAUGGCGUAGUAUAAUCUCUGCUAGAUCUCUGGAAAUAAUGGAACCUGCAGAUGUCAAAAUUGUUGAAAGCAUUCCCUUGAGUAGGGUACAAACACUGGACCGAGAAGGUUGGCAUUUUACAAAGAAUGGCAAAUAUACGGUUAAAUCAGGAUAUCAGCUAGAAAGGGCAUAUCCAGAUAGAGGGAAUGGGAUAAUAGAGUUUGGUCCUACAGUCACGGAUCUCAAAGCACAUUGCUGGAAAGUGCGUUGUCCACCAAAGAUGAAACACUUUCUAUGGCAGUUGUUGUCAGGAUGUAUAGCUGUCAGGAAGAAUCUAAAAGCCCGGGGUCUGAAAGGAGAUACUGGCUGUGAUCGAUGUGGAGCAGACAAGGAAUCUAUAAACCAUGUAUUUUUUGAAUGCCCACCAGCAGUCCAGGUCUGGGCUUUAUCGAAGAUCCCUACAAAUCCGGAUUACUUCCCAGGACAAUCCUUGUUUACGAAUAUGGAUCAUUUAUUCUGGAGAAUCAAACCCGCAUUGGACGAUGAUUAUUUUGUAUGGAUACUUUGGUACAUUUGGAAAGGAAGAAAUAAUAAAGUUUUCAGCAAUUUGGACAUAGAUCCACAGGAUACUCUUAAACUGGCUAUGACUGAAUCUUUACUCUGGUCGGAAGCCCAACGAGCUUUAAUACAGACAAAUCAGGUUCCAGCGAGAUCCGAGCCUGAUUUACCGAUUCGAUCAGGACGAUGGUGUUUUACGGAUGGAUCUUGGAAAUCCGGAGAUCCUUUCUCUGGGCAUGGCUGGUAUAGUACAUUACCAGGCUUCGAAGGAUUACUGGAAGAAUGGCCGGCUUUUGCAAGCUACUUAGAGGACAUCAGAAGUCUCAAGAGGAGUUUUCACAGCUCGGAGAUUAUCCAUAUAUCAAGGACAAAAAACAAGAAGGCGGAUGGCUUAGCACGUGGUGUGAGGCAACAGAUGUCGUUUACUGUCCAUAUGGAUACAGAGCGCCCAAAUUGGUUUACAGAGUCUAUAUGA